AUGGCCAACUAUGCGCUCUCGGCGCCCUCGAGGACGCCCUACACCGUCCUCAACCAGACCUUUCUGAUCGACAACGCCUACGAAAUCACAAAGGAGCUCGGCCAGGGCGCAUACGGCUGCGUCGCUGCCGCCACACAUCGCGGCACCGGCGAGAGCGUCGCCAUCAAGAAGAUCACAAACGUCUUUACGAAACGCAUCCUCACAAAGCGGGCGCUGCGCGAGAUCAAGCUCCUGCGCCACUUCCGCGGCCACAAGAACAUCACCUGCCUCUACGACAUGGAUAUCAUCGACCCGACGAGCUUCAACGAAGUCUAUCUGUACGAGGAGCUGAUGGAGGCCGACCUGCACGCCAUUAUCCGGUCCGGACAGCCGCUCUCGGACGCCCACUUCCAGUCGUUCAUCUACCAGACCCUCUGCGGGCUGCGCUACAUCCACAGCGCCUCGGUGCUCCACCGCGACCUCAAGCCGGGCAACCUGCUGGUCAAUGCCGACUGCGAGCUCAAGAUCUGCGACUUUGGCCUGGCGCGCGGCUUCGAGACGGACCCGGAGCUGGCCAAGCAGGGCGCCGGCGGCUUCAUGACCGAGUACGUCGCCACGCGCUGGUACCGAGCGCCGGAGAUCAUGCUCAGCUUCCAGAACUACACGACGGCCAUCGACAUCUGGUCGGUCGGGUGCAUCCUGGCCGAGCUGCUCGGGGGCCGGCCCAUCUUCAAGGGGAGAGACUACGUCGACCAGCUCAACCAGAUCCUCCACUACCUCGGCACGCCCUCCGAGGAGACGCUGCGGCGGGUCGGGUCGCCGCGCGCGCAGGACUACAUCCGCUCGCUGCCCUACCAGCCGCGGGUGCCCUUUGCGCGCCUCUACCCCAACGCCAACCCGCUGGCGCUCGACCUGCUGGAAAAGAUGCUCGAGUUCGACCCGGCCAAGCGCAUCAGCUGCGAGGACGCGCUGCAGCACCCCUACCUGGCCGUGUGGCACGACCCGGCCGACGAGCCGACGUGCCCGGUCAAGUUUGACUUUGGCUUCGAGACGGUCGACGACGUCGAGGGCAUGAAGCGCCUCAUCCUCGACGAGGUCAAGAGCUUCCGCCUCGAGGUGCGCCGCCAGGCACGCCAGGUGCAGCAGGCGCGGAGGCAGGACAGCCUGCCGAUCCCGACGCGCGAAGAGAUCCAGCGGUCGUCGCCCACCGAGGAGCACGGGCAGGGCCUGCUGGGCGCCAGCGGCGGGCUGGUCCAGGGCGGUACGACGACCGAGCAGGCCAGCGGCAUGCUGAGCGACGCGCAGAUCAUGGAGGAUCCCGCCGAGAGCUUCGAGAGAGAGCUUCAGGGUCAACGAGCGGCGUGA